AUGAAGAUGAUCCUCCUGCGCAAAUUCCGGGUUCUGAUCCUCAUGGUGUUCCUCGUCGCGUGCUCGCUGCACAUAAUGAUAGACUUGUUACCGAGGCUGGAGAAGCGCGGCGGCGGCGGCGGCUGCUCGUGCUCGCACGCGCCGAGCGAGGAGCCGCGGAGCUGGGCUAAGCCGGGCUGGCCCAACAAGCACACGCUCCGGAUCCUGCAGGACUUCAGCAACGAGCCCAGCUCCAACGGGUCCUCCCACUCCCCGGAACGGAUCCCGGCUCCGCUCGACAAGACGCAGGCUCUCCGGAGGCUGGAGCGCCACGGCCCGCGUGGGGACGCGAACAGGCAGUUCAUCCAGGACGACGCGUCGACCGGGAACGCGCCGGUCAAGGGUUCAAGGCUGGCUGCGCUCUACGAGCACCCUUUGUAUAAACGCUCGCUGCCGCCUCUUACGGACGAGGACACGCUGUUCAACGUCAACACUGAUAUCAGAUUUGACCCCAAAGCGGCAGAGGAUCAGGAAUGGAAUGGCGACGGGACCGCGGACGAGUUCAGCCCCACGGGAGAACUGACGGCCGAUUCCUACCCCAACUGGCUCCGCUUCCACAUUGGGAUUAAUCGAUACGAGCUGUACUCCAGGCACAACCCUGUCAUCGACGGGCUCCUGAAGGACCUGGUUACACAGAAGAUCACCAGUGUGGCGAUGAAGUCUGGAGGCACUCAGCUAAAGCUCAUCAUGACCUUUCAGAACUACGGCCAGGCUCUGUUCAAACCAAUGAAGCAGACCCGCGACCAGGAGACGCCCCCAGACUUCUUUUACUUCUCGGACUUUGAGAGACACAACGCUGAGAUUGCUGCCUUUCAUCUGGACAGGAUCCUGGACUUCCGGCGUGUCCCUCCUGUGGCCGGCAGACUGGUCAACAUGACAAAGGAGAUUCGAGACGUCACACGAGACAAAAAGCUGUGGCGAACCUUCUUCAUUUCGCCAGCCAACAACGUUUGCUUCUAUGGAGAGUGCUCGUACUACUGCUCCACCGAGCACGCGCUCUGUGGUAAACCAGACCAGAUAGAAGGCUCCCUGGCGGCCUUCCUGCCAGACCUGGCCCUCGCCAAACGCAAGACCUGGAGGAACCCUUGGAGGCGCUCCUACCACAAACGCAAGAAGGCAGAGUGGGAGGUGGACCCAGACUACUGUGAGGAGGUCAAACAGACGCCACCUUACGACAGUGGAUCGCGACUGCUCGACAUCAUGGACAUGACCAUCUUUGACUUCCUCAUGGGAAAUAUGGAUCGCCAUCAUUAUGAGACAUUUGAGAAGUUCGGAAACGAGACCUUCAUUAUUCAUCUGGAUAAUGGCAGAGGCUUUGGAAAACACUCCCAUGACGAGAUGUCCAUUCUGGUGCCGUUGACCCAGUGCUGCAGGGUUCGGAAGUCCACCCACUUGCGUCUGCAGCUGCUGGCUAAGGAGGAAUACAAGCUGUCCACGAUGAUGGCAGAAUCCCUGGUGAGGGACCGCCUCAGUCCCAUCCUCAUCCAGCCCCACCUGAAAGCCAUGGACCGACGACUGCGCCAAGUGCUGAAUGUGCUGUCCGAAUGCAUUGAAAAGGAGGGCUACACCUACGUAGUGGAGGACAACCUCCAGGGCCACCAAGGGACCGACACCGGCCCACGGCCGAGGUAGCCGACAGAACGCUGGACGGACCCCAUCCAGUCUUUCUCUCCAAGAUGAACUCCCAUGAGGGCCUCGUUGAGGCUGAACCUUUACCGAAGCCCACCUCACCUGCUGGAGGUGAAUGGAAGCUGUCUGGAGGAGGAAGCCUGCUGGAAAUGACUGGACGUAGACAAAUUGUGCAAUGACUGUAACGCCUGUAUGGAUGCGUACAGGUGUUUCUGAAAAUGUCUGGACAUGGAGACAUGACUGAACAUCACCUAGACUCCUUAAAACAUCCAACCCCAUCUCUAGUGUAGGAUAGUAUCAGCAGCUGAUCCAAACACACAAACCCACUGCAGCACUACCAAACCACGAAAGUCUUGCAAGAGACGCCUUCUCUCUGUCUUGUGUAGGAGCCUGUUUUGAAUUCAGUGAAUUCAAAGGAACUUGUAAAGAUUCUCACGACGUCCCCUCCCUCUUUCCACAAGUUGAACUUUGUGUUUCUUAAUGCAAGUGUCCGGCCGACAGUGGAGGAUAAUUUUUUUGGGAAAAUUAAUUAUCAAGAUAAAAUAUUUUAAAUAUUUUAUUGCAUAUUAUCUGUUAAUUUUAUUCUGCUGAUCUUUUUUUCAGCUUCAAUCAUUUAUUAUGUUGUUGGCGGAAAUAUUUGAUUGGAGUGCGGGUUUACUCCUGGGUUUGUUCAUUAUUUUUAGACUUAAAUGUCCAUGAGAGUAUUUAUUAAAGUUCAUAUUUAUUGUCUGAGAUGCCUAUUAAUCAGUAACACACACACACCAACAACUUUUAAGUUUGCAUCACAGAGCUGCGUUUCUUAUUUUGUCCAAAAGGGGGCAAACUGAGCAUGUGCAGAAGUAGCUGCCAGAACCUUAAUAAAUCUCAGUAACAUCAGCCUUCACCAAACCUUAUUUCAUUCCAAAUAUCAUGCUUGGGUUUAAUAUUGGGUUGCCAUACGGUUGGUGUGAGCAUUGGUCACAUUUAUUUAAUUCUGCUUCUGUGUUUACAUCUAAUUCACCUACUGUUUUAAUUUUAUUCCUUUCAAUGCAACAGGUAUGAAAUUUACGGUACCAAAAGCCAAAUGUAACACUAAUAGUUUUAUAUUGUUGUUUUAUUAUUAUAUGUUCGACGUCCAGAUGUUGUGGAGAGAUUAUUUUUUCAGGAUGCAUAUAUUGUAUCAAUACCAGUUUAAUGCUGAACCGUUAACGAUUCAGUUACUGGCUGAAAGCUCAAAUAUACAGUAGGACAAAUCUAGUGCCUGUGCAAUGAUAGAAAUACUUGAAUGUCUGGUUUAAUGACGGAACAGUUUCAGUUCCUCCGAGUAAGUGAGCUAUAGAUGAGAUAGAGGUCUGCGUCUUGUAUAUAUGUGUGUGUGUGAUCAGAUGUGUUCAUCCCCUCUGCUCUAAGUUUCCACAUGUCACUACAGUUCAUAUGGAUGUAUGGGUGGAUCCAUUGAGAACCUUUAGACAACAUGUUAUGGAAGUGAAAAUGCUUUACUAUUUUAAAUUUAGCUCAUUGUUUCUGUGGGUUUCAUUUUUCAUUUUUGACGUCAUGGUAAAAGUGCAAUAAAACAAAUUGAGCAGA